AUUCUUUCUCAUUCUUGAAACUACAUCUGACGUUGAAGGCCAAGAGAAAAUGGCCCAUUACCAUAACGACUAUAAAAAGGCCAGACUUUGCUACCUGUUGUCUCUGUGACUCUCACGAUACCUUGCUACCCCUGUGUACUUUUGAUUUUUGGCUGUGAGUUCAUGUUCCUUGAAGCUAUACUGUGAGAAAUUUUUGAGAUUGAAAUAAAGUUGGGUUUUUCCAAACCCUGGUCUGUGUUGGCUUCAUCAGAUUUCAGUCAUCCUGUGAGGACCUCUGAGAGUCAGGCUGCUGGCUUUGUUUAUUCAUUUUCUAUAGCCUUUUGAGAAUGAUGAGGUGGAGUUUGUCCGAACUGGCUAUGGGAAGGAUAUGGUCAAAGUUCUCCACAUUCAGCGAGAUGGAAAAUAUCACACCAUUAAAGAGGUGGCAACGUCAGUGCAACUUACUCUGAGCUCCAAAAAGGAUUACUUGCAUGGAGAUAAUUCAGACAUCAUCCCUACAGACACCAUCAAGAACACAGUUCAUGUCUUGGCAAAGUUCAAAGGGAUCAAAAACAUAGAAACUUUUGCUGUAAAUAUCUGUGAGUAUUUCCUUUCUUCUUUUUACCAUGUCAUCCGAGCGCAAGUCUAUGUGGAAGAAGUCCCUUGGAAGCGUUUUGAAAAGAAUGGAGCUAAGCACAUCCAUGCAUUUAUUCACACUCCCACUGGAACGCACUUCUGUGAAGUUGAACAGAUGAGGAGUGCAGGACCUCCAGUCAUUCAUUCUGGAAUCAAAGACCUCAAGGUCUUAAAAACUACACAGUCCGGAUUUGAAGGGUUCCUGAAGGCACCAUUUACCACGCUCCCAGAAGUGAAGGACAGGUGCUUUGCCACUCAAGUAUACUGCAAGUGGCGCUACCACCAGCACAGAAACGUGGACUUUGAGGCUACCUGGGAUACUGUUCGGGACAUCAUCCUGGAGAAAUUUGCUGGACCUUUCGACAAAGGCGAGUACUCACCCUCUGUCCAGAAGACCCUGUAUGACAUCCAAGUGCACUCCCUGAACCAGGUUCCAGAGGUAGGUUUCAUCACUUGCCAUUCUGAGGACUAAGAGAACCUGUGUCUC